AUGUGGACGCGAGUCUCCAUGCUGCAGCCGUUGUCGAGGAACUCGUUAGUGAAUGGAGCCUUUGCCCAUGAUACUCAGCCGCGGAUGGAAUCAGGUGCUAUGGUAGAGCCCUGUCGUACGCCAGUCUCGUUGGCAGAUAAAACGGAAAAAUCAUCAAAACCCUCCAAAUCGAAUGUCAAAGCAACGCACUUGAAAGGAGAAGAGACUCUCACCAUAUUCUAUGGGUAUAGCUAUCCCUUAAACUUUUAUCAACAGUUUGCCGAGCUUCGAUCCUACAUCGCUCAAGUCAAGACUCAAAACCCAGCAAUUAACUCCCUUCGCGACGAGAUCUACUCUCCAGCAAAUGAUGGUCAUCGGCAGCGUCCUUCAGCACAUGAGGUUGCAACAGCAUCCACACUAGCGCAGCUGGUCCCAAUGAAGUCAGUUGCAGAUACAUUGGUGCAGACGUAUCUUGACCGGUUCGAGGUAUUACAUCGAGUUCUCGAUAAAUCGGCUUUUAUAGCAGAGUACAAUUGCCAUUGGACCAGCCCGCUUUGUACGCCUUCUUCAUUUCUGGUGCAACUGCUUCUGGUCUCGGCUACUGCUGCAAUAUUUCAUUCGGAGAUAUACACCGAUGUUGAGGGUCAGCAACCUAUUCGCGACCAAGUCAUGUGUUGGAUAGGGGCUGCAGAGUCAUGGCUCCAUUUACCGACAAAUCAGCCUCCUCAGUCGUGGAACAUUCUAGCUACACAUUGUCUCCUGCUCAUUGCAAAGCGUGCGAAUUAUAUUCAAGAGAAUUCGCUCUGGAUGUCUACUGGGGCAGUUAUUCGAUGGGCUAUGGCCGCAGGCUACCAUCGUGAAGCUCCCUCAACAGCGAGAAUAUCACAUUAUCAGCGAGAGAUGCGUCGGAGGUUAUGGGCGACGAUCGUUGAACUCGACCUGCAAGCAGCGGUGGAACGAGGCAUGCCGCCAAAUAUUGGCGUCGAAGAUUUUCACUUGAAAUCGCCUCUUAAUAUUGAUGAUAAGAGUCUCCAGGAACUUCGAGACUCUGACAAUGAUCUGCCGGAAGAGAUGCCAAACGACGUUUUGACAGAUACAUUUUUCCAAUCUCAAUUGUGCAGCUCCUUGACUGUCAGAUUGGAGAUAUUCUUUGGACAGAAGCUGGAAGAAGAAGUCCAGAGUAUCCCUGAGAGAAAUGAUGCGGGAAAUGAUCCACGGCAACAGCAAAAGGCAAUUAGCGUUCCUCGCGAACCUGAUCUGCAAGAAGAUACAAACUCGAUGCUCUCCAACGGCACGACUGGGUUUUUUGAUUCGAUUCUCUCAGAUGAUUUUGAUUUCUUCAAGGACAGCAAUGCUUACACAUUUUUACAAGCUUUUUGA